GAAAUAGUGGAUAGCUCACUUCAAACAUGGAGGAUGGAAAGCCCGUUUGGGCGCCACACCCUACAGAUGGAUUUCAGAUGGGCAACAUUGUGGACAUUGGCCCUGACAGCCUAACAAUUGAACCCUUGAACCAAAAAGGCAAGACAUUUUUGGCUCUCAUAAACCAAGUGUUUCCUGCAGAAGAGGACAGUAAAAAAGAUGUGGAAGAUAACUGUUCACUAAUGUAUUUAAAUGAAGCCACACUCCUCCAUAAUAUCAAAGUUCGAUAUAGUAAAGACAGAAUUUAUAUAUCUGACUGAAUCCUAUGGGACAGGUCAAGAUAUUGAUGAUAGAAUUGUUGAAGCUAACCCACUCUUAGAAGCCUUUGGAAAUGCAAAGACUGUUCGCAACAAUAAUAGUAGUCGAUUUGGAAAAUUUGUAGAAAUACAUUUCAAUGAAAAGAGUUCAGUUGUUGGAGGAUUUGUUUCUCAUUAUCUUCUAGAGAAAUCUAGGAUCUGUGUUCAAGGCAAAGAGGAAAGGAAUUAUCAUAUCUUUUAUAGGUUGUGUGCUGGUGCUUCUCAAGAUAUUCAGGAAAAACUUCAUUUGAGCUCCCCAGAUAAUUUUCGGUAUUUAAACCGAGGCUGCACUAGAUACUUUGCUAACAAAGAAACUGACAAACAAAUUUUACAGAAUCGAAAAAGUCCUGAGGUGGUUGUAACCUGAAGAAUAAAUCUACUCAGUCAUUGGAGUAUUGUGCUGAAUUAUUGGGUUUGGAUCAAGAUGAUCUUCGAGUAAGUUUAACUACAAGAGUCAUGCUGACAACAGCAGGGGGCACCAAAGGAACAGUUAUAAAGGUACCCCUAAAAGUGGAGCAAGCAAACAAUGCCCGUGAUGCAUUGGCAAAGACUGUCUACAGCCAUCUUUUUGAUCAUGUGGUAAAUAGAGUAAAUCAAUGCUUUCCUUUUGAAACAUCAGCUUAUUUCAUUGGAGUCCUAGAUAUUGCAGGUUUUGAGUACUUUGAACAUAACAGUUUUGAACAAUUUUGCAUCAACUAUUGCAAUGAAAAACUUCAACAAUUUUUUAACGAAAGGAUUCUGAAGGAGGAACAAGAACUCUAUCAAAAGGAAGGUUUAGGGGUUAAUGAAGUACACUAUGUGGAUAAUCAGGACUGUAUAGAUUUAGUUGAAGCAAAGUUAGUGGGAAUAUUGGAUAUUUUGGAUGAGGAAAAUCGCCUUCCCCAGCCAAGUGAUCAACACUUUACAUCUGCAGUUCACCAGAAGCACAGAGAUCAUUUCCGACUCACUAUUCCCAGAAAAUCGAAGCUGGCAGUUCAUAGGAACAUCAGAGAUGAUGAAGGCUUCAUUAUCAGGCAUUUCGCGGGGGCCGUGUGCUAUGAAACAACCCAGUUUGUGGAAAAAAAUAAUGAUGCUUUACAUAUGUCUCUUGAAUCCUUAAUAUGUGAAUCCAGGGAUAAGUUUAUACGGGAAUUGUUUGAAUCAUCCACAAAUAACAACAAAGAUACUAAACAAAAAGCAGGAAAACUUAGCUUCAUCAGUGUGGGAAACAAGUUUAAGACACAGUUAAAUUUGCUUCUGGAUAAACUUCGAAGUACUGGAGCAAGCUUUAUUCGUUGUAUCAAACCUAACUUAAAGAUGACAAGCCACGACUUUGAAGGUGCUCAAAUUUUGUCUCAACUUCAGUGUUCAGGUAUGGUGUCUGUUUUGGACUUGAUGCAGGGUGGGUUCCCGUCACGAGCUUCAUUUCAUGAACUCUACAACAUGUACAAAAAGUAUAUGCCAGAUAAACUUGCAAGAUUAGAUCCAAGACUGUUUUGUAAGGCUCUUUUUAAAGCUUUGGGCUUAAAUGAAAUUGACUACAAGUUUGGGUUAACAAAAGUAUUUUUUAGACCUGGCAAGUUUGCAGAAUUUGAUCAGAUUAUGAAGUCUGACCCUGACCAUUUAGCAGAGUUGGUUAAAAGAGUCAAUCACUGGCUCAUCUGCAGUCGCUGGAAGAAAGUUCAGUGGUGUUCACUCUCAGUCAUCAAAUUGAAAAACAAAAUAAAAUAUCGAGCCGAAGCCUGCAUUAAAAUGCAAAAAACUAUUCGAAUGUGGCUUUGCAAAAGGAGACACAAACCCCGUAUUGAUGGCCUGGUUAAGGUGGGCACACUGAAAAAACGACUAGAUAAAUUUAAUGAAGUAGUGAGUGCACUGAAAGAUGGAAAACCAGAGGUGAAUAAACAGGUCAAGGACCUUGAAGUUUCUAUUGAUGCUUUAAUGGCCAAAAUUAAGUCUACUAUGAUGACAAGGGAACAAAUACAGAAAGAAUAUGAUGCACUAGUUAAAAGCUCAGAGGAGCUCCUCAGUGCAUUACAGAAAAAAAAACAGCAGGAAGAGGAAGCCGAAAGACUGAGGCGUAUUCAAGAAGAAAUGGAAAAAGAAAGAAAAAGACGUGAAGAAGAUGAACAACGUCGAAGAAAGGAAGAGGAGGAAAGACGGAUGAAACUGGAGAUGGAAGCAAAGAGAAAACAAGAAGAAGAAGAGAGAAAGAAAAGGGAAGAUGAUGAAAAACUUAUUCAGGCGGAAGUAGAGGAGCAGCUGGCCCGACAGCGCGAGGAGGAAUCCCAGCAGCAGGCGGUCCUGGAGCAGGAGCGCCGGGACCGGGAGCUGGCCCUGAGGAUCGCGCAGAGCGAAGCGGAGCUCAUCAGCGACGAGGCCCAGGCUGACCUGGCGCUGCGGAGAGGUCCUGCUGUACAAGCCACCAAGGCAGCUGCUGGUACCAAGAAACAUGAUCUUAGUAAAUGGAAAUAUGCAGAACUACGUGAUACCAUCAAUACCUCUUGUGAUAUUGAGCUCCUGGCAGCUUGCAGAGAAGAAUUUCAUAGGCGACUAAAAGUGUAUCAUGCUUGGAAAUCCAAGAACAAGAAGAGAAAUACUGAAACAGAGCAACGUGCUCCAAAGUCUGUCACUGAUUAUGAUUUUGCACCAUUUUUGAACAAUUCACCUCAGCAGAAUCCAGCUGCUCAGCUUCCUGCCCGGCAGCAGGAGAUCGAAAUGAACCGACAGCAGCGCUUCUUCCGCAUCCCGUUCAUCCGCCCUGCUGACCAGUACAAAGACCCUCAGAAUAAGAAAAAAGGCUGGUGGUACGCUCAUUUCGAUGGACCGUGGAUUGCCCGGCAAAUGGAACUCCAUCCUGACAAGCCACCCAUCCUUCUUGUGGCUGGUAAGGAUGACAUGGAGAUGUGUGAGCUGAAUCUUGAAGAGACAGGCCUGACCCGAAAGCGUGGUGCUGAGAUUUUGCCAAGACAGUUCGAAGAAAUUUGGGAACGCUGUGGAGGCAUCCAGUACCUUCAGAAUGCAAUUCAGAGCAGACAGGCUAGGCCCACCUAUGCGACGGCCAUGCUGCAGAAUCUGUUAAAGUAGAUGUUGCAAGCUAACCUUGCAGCUGGGAGCCCUUGCUGUGGUACUAGGUAGGGUGUGUGCCCCAGAGAUAUAACCAUUCCACGGUCAUGUUAGAAUUACUUAUACCAAGUGAACAGAUUUUAUUAAUCAUGGCUUUUUGUUAAGUUAAGGUUAAUUACGGUAGUGAUUUGGGGACCUAAACAUUAUUUUCCUGUAUCCAGCUGUAGCUAUUAAACCUCUUACUAUUCUAAUACUUGUUACACUUGGACAGAUUCUGACAUGUCUCAUUCUUUGCCAACAGACUACCUUAAGUUCAUCAUCAUUGUUCUCUAGGAAAAGAAAUUUUUUUUAAAAAUUCAAAAUACUUGAUUUUUAAGGAUGACUCAGUACAAUAUAACUGGAAUAAUGAAACCUUUCCUAAAUUUUCUUACAAAAACUAAGACACUUAAAAUGAUCAAGGCAUUGAUAUUUUGAUAUGAAAAGCUAUAUACAUUCUUUACUCACUUUUGCAGGAAUUCAUGGAAAUUUCCAGUAAAGGUGGAAAUUUUUAUUCCCCUCUACCUUUACAGUGUGUCUUAGUUUGAGUACAGCAAUUCACCUGAUGUCCUAGCAUUCUAGAAAGAGCCUUAACAUAAGUGAUGUACUUUGUGAUAAAGAAGUACUCAUAGCAUCCUGCAUAGAUUUGUCUUUCUUCUCUAUCACACUGUGUUAUAAGAAUAUUUUUCUUAUAUUCCGUGGACAAAUAAAGGAAAUUCAGAUCAUUUAAAUGCUUAAAAAUCUUGAGAUAACUUUUGUUUCAUUUAGAAAAGAAAAUAGGUUUUAGGUGGCACUGUGGCUUAACUGGACUGAAUUCAGAUAUUGUUUCAUCUUCAUCUCAAUUGCGUUGUUUGUGUCAAAAUCUUGUCCAAGUUGUUUCACGUGAUUUAAGCUAGUGUUCUGCUUCAAAACAUCCUUGUUUUAAAAAAAUUCCUAGUGUCUUUUUUGGCCUUUAAGAUUUUGGUAAUUGUAGAGCUGUUUUAUAAGCUUUGUAAUUCAAAAACCCUUGUACUUAGUAAUUGCUUGUUUCAUGUAACUGAUAAUUUAAAAGAAAAUUUUCCUUGUGUGCUGUUAGUUUUGAUCAAAUGUCAGCAGUUUCUAGCCUAUAUUUAUGACUUUCAUAUUAGGAAUUUGGAGACAAAAAUACAUCGAGGAGUUAAGUUGACAUAAUCCUAAGGAGUCUUGUUUGUAUUUUAGAAUAAAAUUAGAAAAUAAAAUUAUUCUCUGUACUCUUUUUUUUCCCCUGAUUUUUAAAGUCACUAACCUUUGAAAUGAAUUUUCAGUGUUUUUUUUUCCUAGAAAGAGUACCUCAGUUAGGAAAAUAUUUCCCAGCUGGUUACAUGAGUGCUUGUGAGCCACAGACACUGUUUGCAGAAUUGCUUCUCUCAUAUGUGUCUUAGUACAGAAAUAUUUAUUUAUUAUGAUGCUGUGCAAAUGAUUGUCUUCUGUUAAAGAAAUUAAACGGUCCUAUCUGUGCUACUGAGAAUGUGAAAAUGAUUGUCUUUUGAAGGCUGUAUUACUCCAUAGACUCACCCACCCUUGGGUCAUUUGAUCAUUUGGUCCUUAUGAUUGGUGACAGAAGGUCUGGUUACUGAAAAUAAAUAACCUAUUCUCUCUCUUCUCA